UCAAAGUUAGUUGUGUUUGUGUGCUCCGGCUUAUUAUCAGCUAAAAUCAGUUAUGGAUAUGAUACCAAAGAAUUCUGGAGCUGAUACAGAUAUUGUACUUUAUGUACUAGAAGGAUUCAAUGGAAUUCCGUCGGCGGACCCAUUAUCUUCACAAUUAAUUUAUUUAAUCAAAAUCCAUGCUAUAAAGCGGAUACAAAUAAAAACAUCCAAAUUUUAUGUCAACGCAAACCUUCCCCGCUUGGAGUGUAAUCAUUCGGUUAUAACACACCCUGUGCUUAUUCGGAACUACAUCGAGAAUAUUAUCAGAAUAGAAUGUUGUAAGGAAGAAUCAUAUUGCAAGCAUAUGAAUGAUAAGUACCCGAAGGAACAUGGUCGCAUCAUAGCUUAUCAAAAUGUAAUCACAAAUUUCCUUGAGAAGAUUGCUUUGGUCAAUGGCUGGGGUUCGAAUGACAACAUAUUAGAAUCGACCAAGUUAUACUCUAAGGGAAUUUUCUUCCCGUUUAAAUUUGUAUUUGUUAGACAUCUUAGAAAUAUAAUGGACAAUAAGAUGUUUGACCUAUAUAAUUACCAAUGGAAGUUUGAAGUCAUUGAUAAGAUUUACGAAGAUGCAGCUGUUUACUUAAAUGAUUUUUCAAAUACUCUGGGUGAUAAACCUUUUAUGUUCGGAAAAUAUCCUACAACACUUGAUGUAUACUUAUGCAGCUACCUCGCACCUGCGUUGUUAUACAAGUAUCCUGAUAACAGAAUGGAGCAGCUCAUAUACAGUUGCGACACAAACUUAGAAGUUUAUAUAAAAAAAUUCGUUGACUUAUAUGGAGAUUUGAAUGAAGGAUUUCCGAAGAAGAUUGAGCCGAUUACCGAUAGAGCUUCCAUACCGGUUAUGAUUGCAGCUGGAUUCUUUACUGUUUCGGCUAUGAUGAUUUUCGCCAAGCUUCAUGGAAUUUUCAAGUUUUGAUAAUUCCUUUUGUUGUUCUGUUCCUAGCAUUUAUUUGUUCUUGUUCUGUGAUUUUGUUUCUUUUGUGCCACAGAGCAUUCCGUUCUAUUUUCUACUGAAAGUGUUUUGAUGAUAUUUACAUGUUUUUUAUAUGAUUAAUAAAUAGUUACUGUUCGUUA